CGGUGUAUGUCAACGGAAUCGUGGGUCGUUGGAGGACGGAAGGCGGCUCGACGACGGGGGAGGCCAUGGCUGUCAAAUCGGUGAAACCGCCGCGGAAAUCAGCAAUUUCCGGUAAAAAAUAUCGUCGAGAUCCGAAGCUCGAAUUUGCCUUCUUUUUGAUAUUGGCUGAUGCUAUCCUUGUCACCCUUAUCAUCGCAUAUGUACCCUAUACUAAAAUUGACUGGGACGCUUACAUGUCUCAAGUUAGUGGAUUUCUGGGAGGGGAGAGGGAUUACAGCAAAUUGCAAGGAGACACUGGACCUCUAGUUUAUCCUGCUGGGUUUUUGUAUAUUUAUUCUGCCAUACAGUUCGUUACUGGAGGGGAGGUCUAUCCAGCGCAGAUUCUUUUCGGUGUCUUGUACAUUAUAAAUUUGGGAAUAAUCUUAUUCAUCUAUGCGAAGACUGAUGUGCUUCCAUUGUGGGCUUUUUGCUUACUCUGUCUCUCUAAACGAGUGCACUCCAUCUUUAUGCUCCGUCUCUUCAACGACUGCUUUGCCAUGACCCUUCUUCAUGCUGCAUUGGCCUUGCUUCUUUUGCGAAGGUGGAACCUUGGAUUAAUCAUCUUCAGUUUUGCUGUUUCCAUAAAGAUGAACAUUCUUCUAUAUGCCCCACCUUUACUACUACUUAUGUUAAAGGCUAUGGAUAUCAGUGGAGUGAUAACAGCUUUAACUGGGGCUGCUAUGGUGCAGAUUCUGUUCGCACUUCCUUUCGUAGUUUCACAUCCAUUUGCAUAUAUUUCAAGAGCUUUCAACCUCGGGCGUGUCUUCGUCCACUUCUGGUCUGUUAACUUCAAGUUUGUCCCGGAGCCAAUAUUUGUGUCGAAACAGUUUGCUGCUUUGUUGCUGAUUACUCACCUGACAUUGCUGGCAGUAUUCGCUCAUUACAAAUGGUGCAAGCGUGAAGGUGGGCUUUUGAAUUUCAUCCAUUCACAAUUUCUCUCUAUUAAACUUAGAUUGGCCCCAGUGAGUUCCUUUCCCCUUCAGAUGUCUGGGAAUAACAAGUCAUCCUUCAAGUUACUCAAGGAAGAACAUAUUGUAACAACAAUGUUUGUCGGAAAUUUCAUCGGCAUUUUGUGUGCUCGAUCUUUGCAUUAUCAGUUCUACUCAUGGUAUUUCUUUUCCAUUCCAUAUCUAUUGUGGAGAACACCGUUUCAUACACUAUUACGUUUGGUUCUGUUUGCCGGGAUAGAGUUUUGUUGGAAUGUCUAUCCUUCAAACUUUUACUCCUCCAUCUUGCUUCUAAGCCUUCACCUAAUUUUGCUUUGGGGUUUGUGGUGUGGACCAGAAGAGAAUCCUUAUGUUCACAGCGAAGCAUCAGAUACGAAACUAAAAUAGAAAACACAACUCUUCAUCUUGUGUAUCACUAUCAUUAGUUUGAAUUGCAUAGAAUUUAACAUUCUCCAUGUUUGAAUUUUAGCUGACUUUCUUGUUAGCUCUUCUUUCCUCCCCUCUUCUUCCUCUAGCGAAUGGAUCUCGGUUAAUUCCGUCGGGGGAACGAGAUCAACUUCGGGUCGUCAAGCUAUUUAGUCUGUGUCUUGCCCCUCAGUUAUUGUCGUCUUGGACAUGCCCUUGAAAGCUGCUGCUAUCUUUCCUUGUAUUUUGUAGGUUCAUUCUAUUACCUAUAAUCAUAGUGCUGAAAUGAAAGAGAGGACAGAUUGGAUAUUGUCCAUUUGAGCUAUUACAAAAAUAUCCAAUAAUCUGGAAAAUUUUGGUCAUUUGAUCCAAAAAAAAA